AGAGGUGCCCCCUGAUUCAAAGCGACCUGGACCUGGGAUGUAUUUGUGCCUCCAUCAGUGACAAUGCCAGGCUCAGUGGGUCAGACAAGAAGAACAGGCUCUUAGUCUCUCCUCGGUCCCUUUAGAAUCUUUCACCAAUAGAUGCUUUUGUUUCCUUACUGUCAUAGAUAUGCCUCAGACUGGUAUUUGCUUGCCUUUUAAAAACAGACCAAAAAAAAAAAAAAUCAUGCUGAAAGAAUGAUGUGCUUUAGAAAAGCAAUUCCCACACAGUAAUAUUAUCAGAGCAAGAUCAACUCCAACAGGGAAUCUGGGGUGUUAGUUUGACAAUCCUGGGCACCGAUCCUGUAUGCUUUUUGGCCCUGACAUGAUAACAUCAUCAGGAUUGGAAGCAUCUUAGAAGAUCAAGGUCAUUUUAAAAACACACAGUAAGCUUUCAGUUACACUAGAAAAGCAAUAUAAAUUAUUUUAUUUACAAAAGACCUAAAAUAUUUCUAUCUAAGCUUCACAAAAACAUUGCUUGUGUGUAACUGGAGGUAUAAUAUUAUAGAUCUGUUCUUGGCUGAUCAUUGCAAUAAAGACUGGCCUUUGUGGUAACUGUGAUUAACUUCAAGCACUUGACAUCAUGAUCUGUUUUACAGAAGACUAAAAUAAGGGCCAAACACAGAGGAUCCUUGUUCUCUCUCCCCACCUGGAACAGAUGGAAGUCAGAUUGUUAGCAGAGAAAGAAGAAGAGAGAAUCCACGUCUUUAAGAGGCUAAGGGGCCAGGGAAUGAAAUGGCCUGGAAAGUGUACAGCGUUAACGCCAGCGGGUCAAGUGUUCACCCGGGGCUCCACUGGGAAGAAGCAAAAGAAAACUCAACGUGCAGUCAAAGAACAGCCUCAUUUUUCUGGAAAGUGACACUCUAGAUGAGUUCCAAGGAAGCUGUUCCUUAGCAACAGCCCCGAAGUCCAGAAACCGUCCUAAACCGUGAUGGUCAGCUCCAGCUCCUGCCUGGAAGUCAGACUCGCUGCCGCAUCCUCUCACCAGGGAAAUGCAUGCGGCAGUGUUGGCAGCAGACACGAUACUGCUCCUGAGCAUGGGGUGGGCGGCAGACUCUCUCUGCUCACCCACUAUUUUUUACAGAGACUGCUGGAUCCGCCGCUUCCCAGGUCUCCUGCUCGACCUGGAGGAGUCUCAGAAGAUGGGGGCGCAGUUCUUGAGAUACUAUACUGAAAGCACUGGCCAGAAAUGCAGUCGGAGCUGCUGCCUUAGGAAGGAUGUGGCCUGUAACUUGGCCGUCUUCUACCACGACCCCAUUCACGACAGUGUCAACUGCCUGCACAUUCACUGCCCAACGACGGAGAGCUGCAUCCUGGAACUGGGGACCAGCGCCAUUUUGUACACCAUCACAGACGGUAUAGAUCCAGAUUUGCUGGUUUUUGGACAGGCACCUCCCACGUAUCUAAAUACCCGUUCUUCAUCUAAUAUAUGGGACGCACUAAGAAAUCUAAAAGCUACAAAUGUAGAUAAACAGCAGCCCACCAUGAUAAAACAAAUGCUACCAUCAACAGAGGCUCCAGCAUCAACCACACAUCAAGAUUUGGUUGUCAACACAAGCCAUACCAGAUAUUCCAAGGAAUUAACCACAGAUUCUUGGGCAAGAUUCAUUUCCCUGAACGAUUCCAUUGCCACAAAGGUAAAUAAGGUGUCACGCAGUGCUGACUUCAUCAGCAAUCCAGAUAACAAGACUGUUUCUGCUUUCUUUGUGCCCACAGACACAAAAUCUUCUCAUAUGCCCAUCCCAUCCCCACUCAGCAGCAACAAGCAAUUGCUGAACAAAACCAAAGGCUCCAACAGCGGGAACCACACCCCUGAGAAUGAAAACAAGACACCUAACGGGGCACCUGUGACAUCAAAGACGUGGCUGGUGCCUGUGGCCCUCUGCGCCUCCGUCGUCUUUCUCUGCUGCUGUAUAGUCCUCCUGGCAUCUGGAUGCUGCCGAAAGCAGCAGGGCCAGUAUACACCAGGACAGAGAAAGUCAGCAUCCAGGCAAAUUAAAAAAAGUUACAUUCUGAAGGCAAGCUCUUAAUAGCAAGAGUUCUAGAAGAUUGUAAGCUUUCCAGAGUAUCAUUCCUGGUUUUCUGCAAGAGCUGUUUAGUUAAAGAAUAAAUGCAUAGGAUGUCCACUCCUACCAAUAGCUACAAAAGGCGAAUGCUAGAUAAAUGUAACUGCUUUUUUAUUGUUUUCUUAUUUUGAAUAGUGUACCCUUUUGUCAAAUUUCCAAAAUUCUGACCUCUACAUUUACUGAGCAUCCUGUGAGAGAUACAGUUCUAAGUGCUGUACAUGUAUACUUCUUUGAGUUAUGUAUACUAUUAUUAGCCAUUAUGCUAUUAUUAUCACAUUAUGCAGAUGAAGGAACUGAGGAAAAGACAAAGUAUCUUGCCUAACGUCACACAACUAGGAAAUAAGUGAAGCUAGGACAUAACAAGCCAUCUGUUCUAAAGUUCAUUGUCAAAAUCACUGUUAGACUAAAAGCCUCAAUUUUCUUAA